AUGUUAAGCACGCGACAAGUGGGUAUCAUCAGCUCUUCUAAAGGACAGAUGGAGGAAUCACUAGAUGGACGUGAAGCAAGCGCUAGUGCAUCCGGCUUUGACUCGGCAGCUAUUCUAAAUGAUGACGUAUCGCCGACUACUAGCUUCUGUUAUAAUAUUCCCAAUUUAUUUAAUGGUCUUGGACCCGGUUCAGUGCUUUGUGAGCGACCUGAUGCGGAAGUAAAUGAGACUUACACUUCGAACCCGGAACCCUCUGAAGAAACCGGAGACAAUCAGCAAUAUGAAGAAGAUGAGGAAUAUUCACCUAAUAGUUCAAAAAGUGACAUUCCCAAACGAAAACAACGAAGAUAUAGAACAACAUUUUCAAACGUCCAAUUGGAGCAAUUGGAGGCUGCAUUCCACAAAACUCACUACCCAGAUGUGUUUUUUAGAGAAGAACUGGCGAUGAGAAUAGACUUAACUGAAGCUAGAGUUCAGGUAUGGUUUCAAAAUCGUCGCGCAAAAUGGAGGAAGCAACAAAAGGCUGGAUGUGAGCCAUACACACGCUCCAGGUCUCCAGACCCACGGUCCCCAUCCGCUCUCGCUUUAGAAAUGAGAGAUUUUAUUACGAUACCAGUAUCAUCAUCACAAAUUAUAAGUUUAGCCGAACCAUCGAACCAGAACACCUAUGUGUCAAAAACCAAACAAACGACACCCGCCAUUCACAUAUCAGCGUUACCUACGAGACAAAACGCUCAAAUGGAUUUACCAUCUUUUUCAAUACCGCUUCAAUAUAAUUUAGGUUCCUUCAAGAAAAUAGAAGAUUCACAGUUAGACUUAGAACCUUCUUCAUCAGAGAAUCAAAAUCAAAACAACUGGGAUACACGGAUGAUGCCAAAUUUCAAUUUGAUGAACAUAAAACCUCUUUUAGAAAAUAGAGAAAAUUUAGAUAUGUCUGAAGUUAAAUAUGAAGUUAAAAAUGAAAACAGACCGUAUAGUGAAAUGGGUACAAGUAUCCAAGCGAUUGAACCUGAAGAUAUUCUAGGUAAGGAAACUGUGACAGAAGGACAGACCAUCUCACCAGACUUCGACAUAGAGAGAUAUCAAAAUUAUCAUAAUGAAAAUGAAAAAAGAUAUAGAGAGUCUAGUUUUGAUGACUCAAUGAUUGAAGAUCGGAAUGAUUUUGUUUGUGAUAAUGAUUUUCUUUGUAAGAAUAAUUUUGAAAAAGUCGACGAGAAACGUACCGACUUUGAAGAAUGUCAUUUAUUGGACACAGAUACCAAUGCUAUUAGUAACUUCGAAACUAAUCUA